UUUUAUUUUUUGGGGGACGAAAAGCACGGCCCCUCUUCCACCGGAAAAACAGUAGGCGCAAAUUAAUUCUGGGCGAAGGAGGAAGAAAUGAAAAAAUAAAGCAGAUAACCAAAAUCAAGCAACCAAAAGCAAGAACAUUAAAAAUGUCAACUGAAAGUCGACUAGAAGUUGAAGCACAAAUUGCUGCAAAUAUAUCUGAGAUUCUAGGGUUUUCGAAAUUAGAUGCCUUACCAGAACCCAUUUUUACAGAGAGAUCAAACGCCUUCAAUUUCCAGGAAAAUAUCAAUGCUUCAGAUUCUGGGACCCAACCUCAAUCAAUCCUUGAUGAAUCUCAACCACAACAAGAGCUGGAGCAACCAGAAGCCUGUGUGGAUCCCGCUGCACCAAAAUCUAUACAACCCAAUUCAAAAUCAGGCAUCAUAGAAGAGAAUGUUGUCCUUCAAAAGCUUCUUCGGAAAUGGAGAUAUUUUGACUACAGAGAUGGAAGUUCGUGUAUAAAGGCUCAUGCAGUCAACUCCCCAGCAAAAACGUUAGGGCCACCGUGCUAUGUUUGUGGACAGUUUAAGCAUACUGGGAAGAGAUGCCCCAAGCGCCGUAUUUGCUCCACAUGCAAAAAAAGAGGCCACAUCGCUGUAGAUUGUCCAGUGAACAACAAAGAAUGUAUAAUCUGUUUGAGAUGUGGGGGAUCAGAACAUGAGCUUUAUGCAUGCACUGUUGAGUACUCUCCUGAUGAUCUAAAGAACAUACAGUGCUAUGUUUGCAAUGAAGUUGGACACAUCUGCUGUGGUAACUAUACAGACAUAAGCGUAGCGACAGCCUCUUGUUAUAAUUGUGGGGAAGCUGGGCAUUCAGGUUUGGAAUGCCCAAAGCCGCAUCUGGAUAAGUCUGGCUCGUUUCCUCCCCCUAUAUGCUACAAAUGUGGAGAGGGUGGCCAUGUGGCACGAAGAUGCCCAACAUGCCCAAAAGAUGCCAGGCGACCAGCUUGUCAUAAACGUCGAAAGGAUUCUGAGUUGGAUUUGGUAGUGGAAGCAGAUGACAACCGAAAAACAGCUAGGAGAAGCAAGACAUACAGGCACGGUAGAGUGAAGAAACAAAAGAUACGAGGGUUACUAGAGUACACGACGACUGUAUAGUACUAUAAAUUAAUUCUGUAUGACUGACUGUAUGAGCCUGGGGGGUUUCAGUAAUUUUUGCAGGUAUUGAAAUCACUCUUAGGAGUAAGCUUUCAUCCUGCAAACUUUGUAUUAUCUUCUUCUUGCUGUUGUAACAUUAUUUUUGGUUUAAAAGAGCAGUGAAUCAAGUAGUAAUUGAGUUAAGAGGGUAAGUUUCUGUGUACAAGUGGUAAAAUUAUAUCCACUUGAAGCACAAUCUUUCUCAAGAGCCCACAUAUGUAAGCAUUGAACCAGAUAAUUAAAACUUGUGGUUGGAAAAGGUUACUUUUUUUUUUCUAGUUCAGCUAGACAUUUUGACAAA